GCCGGCUCUGGCCUUGGCCCGCGGGGCCCAGCCUGGCGUGACGGCUCUUAUCUCCCGGCUGACGGGGCAGAAUCCUUCAGCCCCACGUACUUAAGGCCGUGCACGGCGGGGCCGGGCAGAGCAGCACUCGGCAGAGACGGACAGACACCGCGGCCACCACCGCAGCCACACCGCGGCCACCACCGCAGCCAGCGCCCAGCCCACGGCUCCGACCCUGCGUGGAGAUGCUGCCAGCCACGUCCAAGCUCUGCGCCGCCAUCUCCUACCGCCACCUGCGCAACAUGACCGGUCUGAGGAGACAAGCUGCCGUGGCCAUCAGCCAGGAGCUGAGCAGACUCGCCUGCCGCAGCCCAGGACCCAGCACCUGGAUCCAUCAGGUGCGCAGGAGAAGCUCCUUGCUCAGCUCAAGGCUGGAGGAGAAACCCUUCAGCGAGAUGGAAAUGUCUUACAUCAAGCAAGGAGAGGAAGCCCUGCAGAAAUCCCUCAGAAUCCUCGAGGACCAGGACGACUGGAAGACAGAGACGGUGGCGGGUAAUGGAGAUAAAGUGCUGAGCAAGGUGCUGCCGGACGUGGGGAAGGUGUUCCGGCUGGAGGUGGUGGUGGACCAGCCUCUGGACACGGUGUACAGAGAGCUGGUGGACAACAUGGAGCAGAUGGGAGACUGGAACCCCAACGUCAAAGAAGUCAGGAUUCUGGAGAAGAUUGGGAAGGACACGGUGAUCACCCAUGAGAAGGCGGCCGCGACCCCCGGGAACAUUGUUGGGCCCCGGGACUUCGUGAGCGUCCGGUGCUCCAAGAGACGUGGCUCCACCUGUGUCCUGGCCGGAAUGUCCACGACCUACGGGCCGAUGCCCGAGCAGGAGGGGUUCAUCAGGGCUGAGAACGGUCCCACCUGCAUGGUCCUGCGCCCGCUGCCCGGCAGCCCCUCCCAGACCCGGCUCACCUGGCUGCUCAGCAUCGACCUCAAGGGGUGGCUGCCCAAGACCAUCAUCAACCAGGUCCUGUCCCAGACACAGGUGGACUUCGCCAAACACCUCCGGCAGCGCCUGGCCCGGCCAGUGCCUGUGACCUGCUGACCACGACCUGCUGACCACCCAGUGCAGGGCUUUGUUCAGGGGCAAAGUAGGGAAUCUUUUCGCUUCAAUUAGCCAAGGCCUUUAAUAGCAGACUCCACUAAUUAAUACAUAGUUACAAUCAAUAAAUAUAAAGGUUUAUUUGUUGAAGCUCAUUGUGUAAGUGCAGGAACAAAAAUUUAAUUCCUGCAGUUGCUUAACUGAGCACAUGCUGGCCCAGUCAGCCAACCCCACCCUCCCUAAUUACUUUCAGUGAAUAAAUAAAGCUUUAAUUAGUGCUGUCUACAGUUAAA